AGGUAGAGCGCCAAGUGGUUCUCCCUAAAUGUUUGUUUAAAUCACUUGGUGGUGGUAGCGUUACUUAAUCUAAGACAUAAGAGGGAAAUUGUGCCUUGGGGAGUUUUUAACCUAAGCUGGGGGGAAAAAAAAGCUUAGGGAGUCUUCAUGCGGGUCCCCACGUCUGUACCCUAGAGUUCAGAGUGGGGAAGGAACCCUGACACAAAGUAAAUUAGAGAUUUCAGUACACCUAGUCCAUAAAUAACACUCAUUGGGUUAGAUUAAAUCAUGUCCUCAAAUACGCUCAUGAAAAUUCACUGACUUCAGUGGGGUUGUGUAAGUGGAUGUGAAUGCAGAAUUUGGCCCAGUGAGCAGAGAUGUCCUUUGGCCCACAAAGCUUUGAACUGUAUAGACUUUGACCCUUGAAUUUAUAUGGUUUUACUUAAUUAUUUCUGUUAAAUUUUAUCUUGUAUCUUUUCACCUAUAGGUGUUAGGACAACUAUGCCAUGCUAUAACAAUGCAUUCUUGCCGAAGUAACAAUUGCUUCCAAACUUGACUAUUCUCCGAAUAGUGCAGCAGAAGUUUUUCAAAAAUAAAUAAGACAGGGAAACUUUGGACAUGAGUUUACUGUCUCUUUCUGCCGUAACAGGGCAAGUGAAGUAAAGCCCUGCUGGACUGUUGUUUAAAACAUGGGGGGGAGGGGGAAAAUGUUACUCAGGGAAACACUUUGGUUUUGUUUCCUUUUGUAGGGCAUGGAAGAGCAAGAGCUGCCUUAUGUGCUGAUAAACACUACAGGAGGGACAUACGGAGUAUAUGAGGAUCAUGUCGAGUUUUUGAAGAAACAUUUUAACCUUAUCACCAUGAAGGAAUUUCUUGAAAACAAAAAUCGUCUUAGUGAAAAGAUCAAAGCUAUUUAUAUGUGGUGGCACAAACCAGCUGCUAACCAGGAGCUUCUCCAUAGUCUGCCUAACUUAAAGGUGAUUGCAACCUCUGGGGCAGGAGUGGAUCAUUUGGACUUGAAACUGAUCUCCAGCUUUGGAGUGAAAGUCGCCAACACUCCCUUUGCUGUUUGCAAUGUCACUGCAGAUCUGGGGAUGGCUUUAAUGUUGGCAUCUGCCAGGAGACUAGUGGAAGGUUGUCAGAUUGCAGUUUCCCCAAACACUGAGCAUUUUGCUGAUGACUUGCUGGGAGAUGAAGUCACCGGGGCUACCCUUGGUAUCAUUGGAAUGGGCAGUAUUGGAUAUAUGGUGGCCAAGAGGGCCAAAGCUUUUGAAAUGAAAAUUCUUUAUCACAACAGGAGCCAGAGAAAAGAGGAAGAGGAACGGGCUGUUGGUGCCAUUUAUUGUAAAAAGAUAGAAGACUUGCUCCAGCAGUCAGAUUUCGUGAUGCUGGUCGUGAGCCUGACACCACAGACACAUAAACUGUUUGGGAAGAAGGAGUUAGAACUGAUGAAACCCACU